AGGAUAGUUCAUUUAAGUGUUACAUCACUCGUGUUCUUUCCUUCGUAAAGUAAACAAUUUAAUUCAUUGCUUUGAUUUGCAAUUCAGUUACAUGAUGCGGAGAUCUGAAAAGCGGUUUCUGAUAAACUUUACGUGUUUAUUUUGUUUAAUUUGGAUAUGUGUCACAUUCUUAAUCAGUAAAAAAUACAACUUACUUUUAAGUCAAACAUGGAUGGAAAGAAGCGCAAACUAUUUCAAUGUUAAAACUCUACGAAAUAUGUCGAACAGAUCUGAACGUUUGGAUUAUAUCAAAGAAAAAGCUGGAUUCAAACAUCAGUUAGCAGAUCAAGUAAACAUCCCUUAUAGAUGGGCUACAAACUACAGUAACUCCACAGUGGGAUAUAAAGGUGAAGGUGUAAGUGUUGAUGUAAGCCGUCUGUCACCUGAACAGAAACAGAGAUAUGACGACGGAUGGAAGAAAAAUGCUUUCAAUCAAUAUGCUAGUGACAUAAUACCAGUUAAUCGAUACGUCGGAGAUCACAGGCACGAUUUGUGUAGAAAGAUGGUUUAUAAGGAAAAUUUACCAGAAGCAUCAGUUGUAAUCAUAUUCCAUAACGAGGCUUGGAGUGUCUUAUGGAGAACUGUAUACAGUAUAUUAAACACAUCACCUUCACAUCUAUUGAAGGACAUCUUCCUAGUUGAUGAUGCCUCAACACAAGGACAUCUACAUCAGAGGCUAACCAAAGAAGUUGAUAAAUUUUGUAAUGUUCAUCUGCUUCGAACUGGUGUCAGAUCAGGCUUAAUCAAAGCUCGAUUAUUGGGCUUUUCACAUGUCAACACAACAGUUGCCAUAUUUUUAGACUCUCACUGUGAAUGUUCGGAUGGCUGGCUGGAACCUCUUUUAGAUAAGAUAGAAAAUUGUAACAGAACAGUUGCUGUUCCCUUAGCUGAUGAAAUCUCAGCAGAAACAUUUCAGUUUAAUCCGGUAAACAUAGAAUAUAUGCACAUGGGAGGAUUUGACUUCGAUUUAAAUUUUAACUGGAGACCUGUACCUCAAGAAGAAUUGAAGAGGAGAACCAGUAUUAUAGACUCUGUAAAAACUCCAACGUUCCUUGGGUGUUGUUUUGCAAUUAGUGUGGAUUUCUUCAAACAUUUAGGAACAUACGACCCAGGCUUCCAGAUAUGGGGGUCAGAAAAUUUAGAACUAUCUUUCAAGACCUGGAUGUGUGGUGGAUCACUGGAAAUUAUUCCCUGUUCUCACAUUGGUCAUAUGUUCCGGAAUACCAUGCCAUAUUCCUGGGGUGAUAAUGGCAUGCAAAUAUUGAUAAAAAACAGUCUCCGAUUGGCUGAAGUUUGGAUGGAUGACUUUAAAAGGUUUUAUCAUGACAGAAUAUUUUAUAACAUAAAAUUUGAUAUCGGUGACAUUACAGACCGUAAAAAAUUAAGAAGGUCUCUUAAGUGUCACAGUUUUGACUGGUAUUUGAAAAACGUGUAUCCAGGAUUAUUUCUUCCAUAUAACAGUCAGGCCACAGGACAUAUACGCAAUGCAGCUACUGAAUUGUGUAUAGAAUCUCCAGUGAUGGGCUUUAUGAUGUACAGAGAAGUUAAUCUUAAGCCAUGUAGCGAUUACGCGUUCAAUCAGCACUGGACGUUAACAGAGGACAACACAAUUAGACGAGAUGAGGGAUGCCUUGGUUAUCAGGGACUUCACUCUUUUGUAGUCAUGCCAUGUAACCCUCUCGCCUCACAGAUUAAAUGGACAUAUUCACAAGCAAACUACAUCAUUAGCCACCAGGAUAACCGUUGUUUAGAACUGUCUACUGAUAGGACAACAGUUAAUGUGAAACCUUGUAACGGUGGAAGUGAACAAGUAUGGGCCUGGCCUCGUCGGACGCUUAAGAAAAGGUCGUGAUUCGAACUGAUAGUAGACCAUUUACGUUAACAUCAACCAAACAUAUGGGCACUAGAUACACGUAGCAGUCUUCUAUUUGUUAUUAAUACAAUGGACACUUGUGAACUAUAAACAAUCAUAAAACUCAUUUAUUUACAUUGCUGAA